GCAAACCAAUAUUCAAUUUUGAACGGAUUACUUUGCUAUAAAAGCAAUAAUGAUGAGGUACCUAAACUAUUCAUUCCUAAGGGAUAUAGAUUAAGUAUAUUACGCCUCUUUCAUGAUGACAACAGUCAUGUUGGGUAUGACAAAACUUUAAAUAAAAUUAAAACGAGCUUUUGGUUUCCGGGAAUUGCAGCAUUCACCAAAAAGUAUAUUUCGCAUUGUUUAAAAUGUAUUACGAGUAAAAGUCACUCUGGUCCCAAACAGGGAUAUCUUUAUCCUAUUGAAAAACUCAGACCGUUUCACACGUUACACUUAGACUGCACAGGUCCUUUCCAACAGUCAAAUGAGGGAUAUAAACAUAUUUUAUUGGUUAUAGAUGGGUUUACUAAAUUUUGCAUACUAAAACCUUUAAAAAAAUUAAACGGUCAAGAAUUAGUGUUUGCAAUCCGUGAAUUAAUAACCAUGUUUGGUACUCCAUCGCUUGUAGUUACAGAUAGAGGCACUAACUUCUCAUCAAACCAGGUACAGUCCCUUUUUACAGAGUUACAUAUUGAACAUCACAUGGUCGCUACUGGUACACCACGUGGUAAUGGUCAGGUUGAACGUUACGUUGGCACAGUAAUAAAUAUGUUAACAACUUCAUUAAAUGAAUUAUCAGAAUGGCCAAACGUCUUAUGGAAAGUUCAGCAGUCGUUAAAUACCACGGUUCAGAAAUCUACAGGAUUUUCACCUAUGAGGUUAUUAAUAGGUCAGGAAGGGAAUACACCCUCCAUUCAGGCUCGAUUAUCCGAAGUAAUAGAUGACUCUAUUCAACCUGCUAUAAAUCUUGAGAUGGAUAGAAGAUUAGCACAGCAACGACUUAAAAACGUUGCUGAUAAGUUUAAGAAACGUUUUGAUACCACCAGGCGAAUUAAUAAGGUUUUUAAGGUAGGUGAUAUAGUUUAUGUUAGCCAGGAUCAUAGGCGUCAUGGCAAAUUUAGUCCUAAAUUCAAGGGACCCUACGAAAUCAUAGAGGAACUGUCAAACGAUAGGUAUUCUUUAAGAGGUCAAAACAACCUGAGAAAUCUUAUUAUAGCUAAAGAAAAAUUAAGGCUUUGGCCAGGUGAAUGGGUAGAUCAAAACGUUUCUUUUGAAGAAUCUUAAUAUGUAGUUGGUCCGUGAUAUAUUAGUUCUGUUAUUUUAUUUUGAUUAUUAAGUUUAUUUUAUAGAUACUGUGUAAGGUAUAUUGUUGUAAUUUACGGGUGAACAGCAAAUUGGGUUAUGGUAAUUAUCAAUGAAAACGUUUCAAUCGAUAGCAAUU